AUGACGGAUCAGUCAUACCAGGUUCCGAUUGAAAAUGCGUAAGUUCCCGAAGGCAGCGUGCACUCCGCGAAAUGGACUUACAAAUCGCCUUAUAUUCGAUUCUGGGACAUUAAAUCAGAGGUCAGUCACGCUUGUUAGUGAUGGAGACUGUCGGGCUGUACGUAUAGUCCGCGAGGAAGGGAGGAGGGCCACCAUUUACUCGCAUAUGAUGAUGAUGAUGAUGAUGAUGAUGAUGAUGAUGAUGAUGAUGAUGAUGAUGAUGAUGAUGAUGAUGAUGAUGAUGAUGAUGAUGAUGAUGAUGAUGAUGAUGAUGAUGAUGAUGAUGAUGAUGAUGAUGAUGAUGAUGAUGAUGAUGAUGAUGAUGAUGAUGAUGAUGAUGAUGAAGGGUGUUAA